AUGUUCGGAGGCUCAAAGACUGAGAAGGAGAUCAUGCGCAGUCAGGUCACCGAGCUGAGGCGCGAUUCUCUCGCCCAUUUUGGCAAGUUCAGGGCAAACGUGCAGAAGCGAAUCGACAUUAUCCUGAUCGCCAAGGGUGGUAACGCUGGAAACGUCACUGAGCCUACUCAGAUAUCGUUCAAGAGUCCAGGUAAUAAUGCCAGACGACAUGCUGACCGUCCUGACACUUCAGUCAACGAGUUCAAUCAAGUUGGUAUUCGCCAUUUUGUCCCUUUCGCAACUUUGCUCAAGGACCUACCCAAAGAGAAGCGUGCUUGCAUCCUCCACUGCACCGUAUUGAUCCUGCUCGGCCUCGAGAACUAUCCAGCUUAUGCUCGUAUCCUCCUUUGCCACCUCGCAACGUCGUUGUCGAUCCCCUUACACGUUCUUUCUCAGGACGAAGUUCGAAUCGGCAAGGCAUUGUCCAAGAUCGUCGAGUUUAUUACCCCCGAGGAGCUACAAGCACGUCGCAUUGAGGAGGGUAAAACUCGUUUCCGCGGCCGUGGGCCGAAGCCUCAGCCUCAAGGCCACCCCCAGCAGGAUUCCAGUGCCACCUCAACCGCCAACAGCGGCAAAUCGACCAAUGCCAGCACUGCUCAGAGCGUUGGCGGUCUUGCAGCACCCCUUGUUUCUGCCGGACUUAGUACCGUCUUCAAAGGACUUGGCGUCGGUCCUGCAGCCGCCGCCAGCAUGCUCCAAGGCAUGGCGGAGAGUACCGUCGUCGUUGGACAACUGUUCGGCUUGUAUGGCUCGCGAGCAAUUGCCAAGAUCACGGAAUCAUACGCAAAGGAUAUCCUGGACUUUGGCUUUCUUCCCAUUCACGGCCAGAAGAAUCGCACUGCGAUGAUCGACCCCAAGGACGUCCCGCCCGAGGACCGUCGCUUGCGUCUCACAAUUGGGGUUGGCGGCUUUUUCGACCCCAGCGUCCCUGGUGAGGAUGAUGCAAAGGCCCCCUGGACUUGUCUCGGCGAUGUGAGUGAGGUUUAUGCUCUUCAGUGGGAGAAGGAGAUACUCGGUAAGACUGGCGCUGCUCUCAAUGAAGUGCUCAAGGCCCCUGGAUGGACUCAGAUGAAGUCGGACAACGUCGGGUCUGUUGCCUUCUCUCUCAACACCUCAACCUGGCCGGCCGCCCUGAUCCGUAACAGCAAGAUAAUUGACAAUCCAUGGUCUGUUUCUCUUGUCCGUGCAGAGAAAUGUGGCCAGACCCUUGCCGAUGCAAUCAUGAAUAAGAUUGGCGGAGAGCGUCCUGUUACUCUUGUUGGCUUCGGUGCCGGUGCCCGCGUAAUCUGGACGGCUCUCAUGAUACUGUCGGAGAAACGUGCUUACGGCUUCGUUGAGAAUGCUGUGCUCAUGGGUAGUCCCGGUCCUUCUAACAUACAGUCUUGGGCGGCGAUUCGAAGUGUCGUGUCCGGUCGACUCGUCAAUGUCUUCAGCAAGAGUGACAUCAUGUUGGGCUUUGCUCAGCGCCUGGGCAACAUCACAGAGGGUGUUGCCGGCCUCGAGGAGGUUGUCGGCGUCAAGAAUGUUCAGAACUAUGACGUUUCCAAGGUCGUCACCGCUCAUAGCCGCUACCGCUACUUGGUUGGCCCCAUUCUUGAGAAGCUUGGCUGGGAGGAUGUGGUGAUUAAUGAGAGCCUCGACCAGGAAGCCGAGCUGGUGAAGAUGAUGGAGGCGGAGAAGAAGCGCGACGAGCUCCGUGCCAGCAUCGCAACCAAGGUGGAAGCUGCUCGUGCUGCCCGACAGCAGAAGGGGAAUGCCAAGUCGAACUCGAUGAAGGAAGAGACAGCCGCACCGGGAGCCGCAGGAUCGAAGGUCUAG